CUAGCAGUUCGCUGUAAAGUACUGAUGCUGAUAGUCAGUGCACACAGUAUACGUUCAGAGGGGUUUCUAUGGAUGUAGAAGUGAUGUGGACAGUAUUGUUGAUUAUUGUGAGGAGUGUCUGAUGCUGUGCUUGGUGAGGUGCCGGUUGGACAGUCUCUCAGCAGUAGGGAGGAGCUGCUGUAUCUCUCCUUAACACACCACAGAUGGAGGAGCCGGUCACUGAAGGAGCUGCCCAGUGCUGCUACUGUCUCCUGCAGUGGAUGGGAGGUGUUCGCCAUUAAGGAUAACAACUUGGCCAACGUCCUCCUCUCCCCCAGUACGUCCACGGAGUCCAGUGCACAGCCCAGGACAGAUCCUGGCUUCCGAGCACUGUCAGAGUUCAGUGUGUCUGAAUCUCAGGAGAAUCAUUUACAGGACAGCUGUUGGAGUUCUCCAGCUCAACGUAAGCCCGUAUCACACCUCUCAGGUGAUCUGUUCGGACGUUAUCACUGAAACGGUCUGUGAAGAUUGCCAGCAAGAAAAAUGUCAUCAAAGAUGCAGAGCUCGAAUAAUAUAGCACAGGCAAGAAGAAUUGUACAGCAGCUACGGAUAGAGGCAAACAUUGAGAGGAUAAAGGUUUCGAAAGCCUCUGCUGACCUUAUGCAUUACUGCAGCGAGCACGCCAAGUACGACCCUCUACUCAUGGGCAUCCCGGCCUCAGAAAACCCUUUUAAGGAUAAGAAGCCCUGCACUAUAUUGUAGUGGGAAGCACUAAUCAUGUGCUCUUUGAUGCCUCCUUUUUUAUAGAGAGAAUAUUUUACCUUAAAGCAUUCAUACACUAGUCACCUUAAAGUCAGCUAACCUCCUCAUUCUUACUCUUCUUUUAUUCUCCUGCCCUCCAGGCUAGAACAGGAGUCUACACUUGAAACAUAUUCACUUCUUUCACUUCUGUUCUUUUCAAGAAAACAAGACCAAAAACCUCUAAGUAAACAAGUUUUACGGUGCAUUGACAAAGCUUGUGAUAGGAUUUUAUUUAACCCCACUAUUGAUUGCCUGAACUGAGAAGCUGUUUGCUGUGAUCAUGCUAUCUGAUGUGGUCUAGAUCAGACCAUUUUGCAAAUAAAGAUGAAGAAAAAAAAAAUCUCAGUUGGGAAGUGCCCAAACAAAGAGAGCGCUACUCAUCAAGGCUAAUUCCAUUUUCUUUGAUCAUCAUGUCCUUUUAAUGUCCCAGUUCUGAUCAGCAAACCUCAGCAGUAGUACUCUGACUCUGUGUUAUAACAAAGCUCACUGGAGCUACACAUUCAACCUUUCACCUUUCAAGGAAAGUUAGAGAAGCCCAGAGGCCUGAAACAGUGCUCUACAUGUCCUGAUACAGUUUUCCCCCCAGCAGUUAUUCACUUGGCAAGUGCAUUUAUCUAAAGUGUCUAGCAGAUGAGACAGAAUUUAAUUCAAGCAUAAAACCAUCCAGUUACUAGUGCAGAACCUUGACUGCAGAACUAACACCGUUCCACAUAGUAAUAAAUCGAGGCAACUGGACUUCUGGUUAAAGUGGUUUAUUCUUAAGCAAUAGUUCAGUGAAAAAAUCUAUUUCUCUUUAGCGUAAUGCAGUCUGCAUGCUUAAGUCGUCACAGACCCGCCUCAGUUAAACCAUUAACCAUUUUAUAAAGUAGCAAAAUAUGUACAUUUGUUCCUUCAGCUGCUGGGCCAUACCUCCAUGAGUCAGAUGCUUGUGUGACGUGACAGCAGACUACAUGCUAAGUAGGCAUAUGACGAUAUAUUGUGCGAAAAUAAAUUGAUACAAAUUUAUGACAAUUCAGUAAAAUAAAAAAUGCAAAAAACCCAAAACAAAAAAACCUUGCAGAAAUACGUGUGACUUCACCAUAGGCGGAAGUAACAUAGCUCUGUUACCGUGGGAGAAAAACCCACAAAAAUGGAUCUUAAAAUGGGAAGAGCUGUUGUGCAAUUGACUGUACAAAUAGAUGCAAGAAGAAAUCAGAGCUCUCUUUUUACAUACUGCUGAAAGCUAAAGAGAAGCAAAUUGAAGUAGAGGUAACUCUUCAUGAAAGUUUAUUAAGAAAAGGCUUAUUUGUUAUUAACUUUUUUUUUAUUUUUAAUAAAAGGAAUAUUUUAGUUAAGAGGUGAUUUUAUAUUUGACUCCAGCCUUUACAAGUGUGGGUAAAUAAUUAUUGGUAGUUAUUAAGAAAAUUAAUUUUUUUAUAUUUAAUAUAAUAUAAUAUUUAAUAUAAAGAAUAGGAAAAUAAAUUUUCAUUUUUUUGGUAAUAAAAUUUUCUCUUUUUUUUUUUUUUUCAAAAAAUACUGGGGACAGAUUGAAUUGUAAACUCAAUAUCGUGAAUCAAAUCAAAUUGUGAAUUGGGUGAAUUGUAACGUGCCUAAUGCUAAGGAAAAAAGUGAUUCCAGUUUCCAGACGGAUGCUACUAGGGAUAAUAGCAAUGUUACAAGCUUUUGACCAAUUCAUAGUUUUUGGAAUACAAGAUCAGAAAACACAUAAGAAAAUGUGUUGGAAGUUGAUAACUGUACAGUAUGAUGUGAGUAUGUGACUUUGGGGCUCAUUUAUCAAGCUAGAGACAAACAAAUAAAUUCAUAAAUCAUUUGCAGGAACAUACCAAGAAAUGUGGUAUUCAUGAAAAUCCAGUUAGUUUAGAAAAAAUAUUCGUGUCCUGUGAGCGCUCCACAGUGUGUGUAAGUUUACAUGCAUUAAAUACUUAACGGAACCUCGACUGAUAGACUUGAGAAUGUAGCAUUGGUACAAAUUGCUGCAAUUUUAUACACUGAUUACGUUGUCAAGUUUAAAUUAUUUAUUUAUUUAAAACUACACUCACAAAUUUAAAGUUCUGUGAAAAUCUUUCUUUCCAUAUUAAUUACUUAAGGAAGGCGAUCUGAAGCAAAUCCAUAAAUGAAGAAAAAUAAGACUAUCUAUUUAAUUAGGAGAAACGAAAUGGCACCCUACAACUGCAGGAAGGGUCUGUGAUAGCCACCAUGUCGCAAUGGCUGAGUUUCAAUACUGGAAGAUUUAGUAUACUCUGUGUUCAGGACGUACUCUUUCAUCAUUUAGCCACCAGCUCUCUGUUUGCAGUGUUGUCCUUUAUGGCAUUUUGUGAUAUCAUUAAACGUAAAUCAGUUGUGCUGGGAACACACCUGGUACUUUAUCAUGAACAUGCACAUGUGAGGAUGAAACAGAACAAGAAGUUAACAAAAUAUUUAGGGAUCUGGGAGGAUUUUUUUAGAUUGGCUUCAGCAGUUUAGAUUUAUAGUUGAGGCCCUUUGGGUCCUGGUUGAUCAGAUGCAUUUUGUGGUUUGUGGAAAUUGUGUUUUUGCUCAAACAAAUUUAACACUUUUUUUCCACUAGCUUAAAUGACAUGGAUGACCGAAAACCUCCAUAUCCAUAUGCAGUCAAGUUCAGGUGAAUGAACUUAUAUUGCAAGAUUAUGGUUCUACACUGAGUAGUCUGUUCAAGCUAAUCAGCUGACUAAUCUCUUGCAAAAUUUAGGGUCCUACUGAAUUUUAUAUAUUGUCAUUCUGGGCUGGUAUUAAUAGAAAGCAAGGUUGAACCAGACAGAAUUAGGAAUAAAGCACCAAUAAACUAGCUCAACACAAGUCCAGUUGCCUCGUCUUCAUACUACUAGACACUGAAAAUGACUCAGAUGACUGGUAGCCUUUAGAGUCCUGUUGCUCAUUGUGGAGGAACCGGUGGCGUCACUCUGACGUAAUUAGUCCUCAAGAGUACCAGCACACCCUCUUCAACUCAGUACGUGUGAACAAUGGAGGGCUUCACAUAGGUCAGUGAAAGGUUGCCUCCUCUGUCAGAGCACUAAACCAACCAUGCUUUCUUUUCACCCUUCCCUUUACAAAUUUGCCAAAACCCCACACAUCAGCUUUUCCACAGUGCGGUAGAAAGCUCUCUUGCCUUUUUCAAACAGCGAAAGUGAAUGCAUUCCUGCAAGAAUGACAAAAAGCAUCAUUAGUGCUCAGUGGUAUUUUAGGGCUACAUGGAUUGUUUCAUAACCCCUGCCAAAAGCAUGUUUGAUAAGUGAGAAGCAUGACACGAAUUCUCCUGUCUACGCAGUUCUCGCCUAUGCCUUAGAAAACCUUAGACUUUUGUUAGUGUCCUGUUUAUGGUAGUUAGAGUAGCGCUAUAUAUAACAACCCCGAUUCCAAAAAAGUUGGGACAAAGUACAAAUUGUAAAUAAAAACAGAAUGCAAUGAUGUGGAAGUUUCAAAAUUCCAUAUUUUAUUCAGAAUAGAACAUAGAUGACAUAUCAAAUGUUUAAACUGAGAAAAUGUAUCAUUUAAAGAGAAAAAUUAGGUGAUUUUAAAUUUCAUGACAACAACACAUCUCAAAGUUGGGACAAGGCCAUGUUUACCACUGUGAGACAUCCCCUUUUCUCUUUACAACAGUCUGUAAACGUCUGGGGA